CAGUUUUUUUCAAUUGCUUACACACAAAACCUUUAUAUAUUACAGUAUUUCUAAACUCUGUCACUCAAACUUCACAACUCCGCCUCAAAUCAGCAAAACCAUAAACUAAUUCUCAGCCUUGACACAGUUUUCAAUUUAGCUAUUCACUUUCUGCAAAUCAGUACACACAAUUCUCUACCUAACACACGAAAAUCUAACAGGAAGUAACUUGAUUUCCUAUUUCACACACAACCAACCAAAAUGCCACACUUAUUCCUCAGUGCUUCAGACUGUGUCCUCAUAUGUGCAAACAAUAAUUGCUUUAAUGAACACCAACCAAUCACUGCCUGUCAUAGGCCUAUAAACAGGGUAAAGGUCAAGUUAUCAGUCUUGAACAAUGGAUAACAACAAUGCAGAGAGAGCCAGGGGAGUCAGAGGAAGGCACAGAGGACGACGAGGAGUUCGGGUUCGUGGAGGACGCUUUGGAAGGGGAGCAGGAAGAGGACAAGUUGAAGGAGGAAGGGACGAAGAACCAAGAAGAAUAGUCUCUGAUGAGAUUAGGGCUACUCUGAUUGAUCACGUGAUCAAUCAUGGGUUGACCAUGAGAGAGGCUGGACUCAGAGUCCAGCCCAACUUGAGUCAAUUUACAGUGGCGGUCAUAAUUCGAACUUUUCGAAAUGAGAACAGGUAUGCAACAAUCAACAGUACUGUAAUGUACAUGUAAUAGCCAUUCCUGCAUAGCUGUAAAAUACAUGUAUACUAUUGUAGCUCCAAGCAUCCAUUUUACUCCACUACACUGUAUGAAUGGUCACAGGGCAGCACAACCUUGACUUUAUACAGCACUCUUACAGUACUACUGUAUUUCUGAAUUUUCUAGAGUGGAAAGACAACAGCAUCAUGGAGGACGAGGUCGUAUAUUUUCACAAGAGCAGGAGACGGCCGUUGUGAAUAUGGUUUUGGCAAAUAAUGGCAUUAGAAUCUGUGAGAUUCAAAAUCAUAUUUUGGAAGACAUCACCAUAUUCAACAAUAUUGAUGCUGUUAGUCUAUCUACAGUACGAUACAUCGGGUCCUCCAGAGGAAUCAGUUAUGGAUGAAGCAGCUGUACAGGGUCCCAUUUGAAAGGAACUGUGACAGAGUCAGGAACCUGCGGCGUGACUAUGUGGAGAGAAUUUUGGAGAUGGAUGCCCACCCCAUCCUCCAUGAAUACAUUUAUGUGGAUGAGGUGGGAUUCAACCUCACAAAGUCAAGCUGGAGGGGGAGAAACAUCAUUGGACAGAGGACAAUUGUCAAUGUCCCAGGCCAACGUGGAGGAAAUGUCACCAUGUGUGCCGCCAUAACACAGAAUGGUGUCCUGCACCACCAUGCAACACUUGGCCCCUAUAACACUGGUCAUAUCCUAACAUUUCUGGACAAUAUUCAUGGUAUUCUUGCUCCAAAAGAAGAGAAUCCAGAACAGUCAAGAUUUGUGGUUAUAUGGGAUAAUGUUAGUUUUCAUCGCUCCCAGCUGGUCCAAAAUUGGUUUGUCAACCAUCCCCAUUUUUCUGUUGUCAACCUGCCUCCAUAUUCACCAUUUCUUAACCCGAUCGAAGAAUUCUUCUCAACAUGGCGUUGGAAAGUGUAUGAUCAUCGUCCCUAUGCCCGCCUUACACUUCUCCAGGCAAUGGAGGAAGCAUGUGGUGACAUUGAUGCUGCUUCUAUCCAAGGUUGGAUACGCCACACAAGACGAUCCUUUCCUCGAUGUUUGGCAAGAGAAAAUAUAGCAUGCGAUGUUGAUGAAAUAUUGUGGCCAGACCCAGCCCGGAGGAGAGAUUAAUCCUAAAUACACACCCAACUUGCUCUCCCCAUCAACAAACAAACACACACACUUUUUCAUAAAUGUCUAUUUUUUGGUUGCUGUAUCACCAUAUGUGGUGGUUGGUGUACUUUGCUUUCUU